UUGGGUUGACUAGAAGACGAGCAACACACAAUCCCCGAAAACGCACAAACCUUGUGCUCUGUAACACGCACAAUCGUCGGCUGGGGGCUUCUCUUGCUUCCCUAAAACAAUGGCGGAGUUAAAACUCAUCCAGCACCAGCUUCCCUUAUCUUUUCCAUCAACAUCUAAAGUUAUGCCAAUGAUACUUCAUUACCAGCCCUUCAAAUCCAGUUUUAAUCCUCCAUCUGUUUCUCGAAGCUUCGGUAGAUUCAAUCGCCCCCUUCUUCUCCACCGGAUUCAUCGAUUUGCUUUGCUUUGCAAGAUCAAAGACUCCGAUAUGAUAUCGCAGCUGGAGCUUGGGAAAGUUGGUGAGAAGAAGAAGCCUGAAAAGCAAGUGAAUGGGAUUUUCUGGAUUUUGUUAAUUAACAUUGGAAUAUACGUAGCAGAUCACAUUUUUCAGGUUCGUGAGAUUAAAGCUUUGUAUUUAUACCACAAUUUUCCCGUUUGGUACCAGUUUGUGACUUCAACUUUCUGUCAUGCAAAUUGGAAUCAUCUCUCUAGCAACCUUUUCUUCUUAUAUAUAUUUGGAAAGCUUGUUGAAGAAGAGGAAGGGGGUUUUGGGGUGUGGGUGUCUUAUAUUCUUACGGGUGUUGGAGCAAAUCUUGUUUCAUGGCUUGUACUCCCAAGAAAUGCCGUCUCGCUUGGAGCCUCUGGUGCAGUGUUUGGUCUCUUUGCAAUUAGUGUCCUUGUUAAGCUCUCUUUUGACUGGAGGAAGAUCCUCGAAGUACUCAUUCUGGGUCAAUUUGUUAUCGAAAGGGUGAUGGAAGCAGCCCAAGCUUCAACGAGUUUUGCAAGCAGCAACAGUGCUCUACAGAAUGUAAAUCACAUUGCUCAUCUUUCUGGUGCUCUUGUUGGUGCAACUUUGGUUUGGCUUCUCAGUAGAGUUCCAUCUCAACCUGCAGAUCGAGAUAAAUUAUGAAAAUAUUAUCCCUUUAAUUCAACGGUUUCUUUUAUCGGACUCUCCUGCCACAUUCCUUCUCUUAGACUUUUGUCCAUUUUGCCAUUUUUAUGUGAUUACAGUUUACAAUGCACUCGACUUUGACCGCUUUCAUUGUGUGCGCGUGCGCGUGAUUUUAGUGGAAAGGAACCUGUGUAAUAUAAGGUUGCACCAUGGUUAAGUUUGGAGCCCCAA